AUGGUCGGUUCGAAGUCCAUUGUGGCGGCUAUGCUGCUGGCCACUGCCACUGCUAAAUCUACUGUCUACCUUAUCCGCCACGGGGAGAAGCCUUCCAGCGGAGACGGCUUGAAUAGUCAGGGCGAGGAGCGUGCUCAAUGCCUUGUGAAUGUGUUCUCUACCAGCUCCUCUUACAACAUUGGACAUAUUAUGGCUCAGACCCCGCAGUCCGAUGGCUCGCAACAGCGCCCCUACGACACAGUUCUUCCUCUGGCACAGAGCCUUGGACUUACCGUUGACACGUCUUGCCAGCGUGACGAUUCUGAUUGUGUCCAGAGUGUUGUUGAUGGCUACACUGGAGCCGGCAACAUCCUUAUCUGCUGGGAGCACGAUGCAUUGACCGAUAUCGUUUCUGCCCUUGGUGACGAUGAUGCGCCCUCUUACCCCUCCGAUAGUUUCAACCUUAUUUGGACGGAUCCAUCCCCUUACACCUCUAUUGUCAGUGUGACUAGCGAGGACUGCCCUGGUUUGGAUGACUAG